CCCCCCGCCCCGUGUCGCGUCACAUUCAGCGGGGCUGCCCGCGAUACAACUAUUGAUUUCAUCUCUCUCUCCCUUCCUCCUUCUCUCCCUCUCUCCAUCACUUCUUCUCAGCUUUUCUUAAAGUGCUGCAGAGAGACGCGGCGGCUGCUGCUGCUGCAUUGUGAGGAGAGAAAGAAAAACGCUAAAGGAAGAUCCGCGUUAACGCGUUCAGAAAUCUGGACUCGUGUACAGUCGUUUCCUUCUCCUCUGAGUGAAUGAAGCUGUUCGUCAGAAGGAACCACACACGUCACACACAUCUCCUGUCCGUCUCCAAAGCGCUCGAGCCGUUGAUCUCAUCCUCUGAAAGACACGUUUGAUUCCUGAUUGCUGCAAUCACCAAACAGCUAAACUCUGCACAGAUGGAGGACCCCUACAGAGACAAGACGUCUCUGGUCAAAGGCGCUCGCGACAUCGCCAAGGAGGCAAAGCGCCACGCCGUCAAGAAGGUCAACAAAGUGGUGGACCGUGCUUCGAAUGAAUACUCCGGCCGCAACUACAGCCGCUUCGAAAACGACGAAGACGAGGGUGCCGAUGAAGACCGUUACUAUUAUCAGGACGGCCAGGCUCAGCGGGAGGAUGAUGAGGGAUCCAGCGACGCCACCGAGGGCCACGACGAUGAGGACGAGAUCUACGAGGGCGAGUAUCAGGGUGUGCCUGCAGGGGGCGGGGCCACAGAUGGGCGUGGCCAGCCACCGGUGGAUGGGAUGAAGGACAAGCGAGAGCUGGAGAAGGAGAGAGAGGCGGAUGAGGAGGAGCUGGCGCAGCAGUACGAGCUCAUCAUCCAGGAGUGUGGACACGGACGCUUCCAGUGGCAGCUGUUCUUGGUGCUCGGCCUGGCGCUCAUGUCUGACGGGGUGGAGGUGUUCGUGGUGGGCUUCGUGCUGCCCAGCGCUGAGACCGACAUGUGUGUGCCCAACUCUGGAGCCGGGUGGCUGGGCAGUGUGGUGUAUCUGGGAAUGAUGGUGGGUGCGUUCUUCUGGGGCGGUCUGUCAGAUAAGGUGGGUCGACGGCAGUGUCUGCUGGUCUGUAUGUCAGUCAACGGCUUCUUCGCCUUCCUGUCGUCCUUCGUUCAGGGCUACAGCACCUUCCUCUUCUGCAGGAUGCUCUCGGGCUUCGGGAUUGGCGGUGCGGUUCCCAUCGUGUUCACGUACUUUGCAGAGUUUCUGGCCCGUGAGAAGCGCGGUGAACACCUGAGCUGGCUCUGCAUGUUCUGGAUGGUGGGCGGGAUCUACGCCUCAGCCAUGGCCUGGGCCAUCAUUCCACACUACGGCUGGAGUUUCAGCAUGGGUUCAGCGUAUCAGUUCCACAGCUGGCGUGUGUUUGUGGUCGUCUGCGCUCUGCCCUGCGUCUCUGCGGUUGUGGCGCUCACAUUCAUGCCAGAGAGUCCACGCUUCUACCUGGAGAUGGGAAAGCAUGACGAGGCGUGGAUGGUUCUCAAACAGAUUCAUGACACAAACAUGCGUGCGCGCGGUGAGCCCGAGAAAGUCUUUACUGUCAACCGUAUAAAGAUCCCCAAGCAGCUGGAUGAGCUGGUGGAGAUGCAGUCUGAGUCGGCAAACCCCGUGGCCAAAGUCUUAUUCAGGAUUAAGAGCGAACUGCGCGGAGUGAGUGUGAAUUUCUUGGAUUGCUGGGUUAAGGACAACACUGUAAAGUUGGCCGUGGUUUGGUUCUCGCUGUCGUUUGGGUACUACGGUCUGUCUGUCUGGUUCCCUGACGUCAUAAAGCACCUGCAGGCAGACGAGUAUGCGUCCCGCGUGAAGAUCCACAACAACGAGACAAUCGAAGAUUUCACCUUUAAUUUCACCCUGGAGAACCAGAUCCAUAAAAACGGAGUGUUUAUCAACGACAGGUUCAUUGGCAUGAAGUUUAAGUCUGUGACUUUCAUCGACUCCACCUUUCAGAGCUGUUACUUUGAGGACGUCAGCUCCAUCGGUUCUUUCUUCAAGAACUGCACCAUCAUAGAAGCAUUCUUCUAUAAUACAGAUAUUGAUGACUCGAAAUUCAUCGGUUCCUCUGUGAUCAACUCCACGUUUGCGCACAACAAGACCGGCUGUCAGAUGACGUUUGAUGACGACUACAGCGCGUACUGGGUGUAUUUCAUCAACUUCCUUGGAACACUAGCCGUGUUGCCAGGCAACAUAGUCUCCGCCCUCCUCAUGGAUAAAGUGGGCCGUCUGAGCAUGUUAGGCGGCUCGAUGGUGUUGUCCGGCAUCAGCUGUUUCUUUCUGUGGUUCGGCACCAGUGAGUCCAUGAUGAUAGCGAUGCUCUGCCUUUAUAACGGACUCAGUAUAUCGGCCUGGAACUCACUGGACGUGGUGACGGCCGAACUGUAUCCCACCAACAGGAGAGGAACUGGCUUCGGCUUUUGUAAUGCCAUGUGUAAGCUGGCUGCAGUCUUGGGGAAUCUAAUAUUUGGGUCAUUGGUGGGAAUCACGAAAUCCAUCCCGAUCCUGCUGGCGUCGUCUGUGCUGGUCGCCGGAGGCCUGGUGGGUCUGCGGCUCCCCGACACCCGCUCCAACGUCCUCAUGUGACCCCACCACACCUGUGACCUCUGACCCUGAGUCGCCACGGAAACACGCAGGACACGCUCAGGGUGCAGGUGGAGGCGACUACGACAUGUUUGCUUUAUUUAUUCAUUGAAAGUCUGUUAUUUAUUCAUUUAGAGGGGGUUAUUCUCUUUUGACUUGCCCAGUUUAGAUUAAAACUAGAUUUUGAUGCCUUUACGGUAAAUCAGAUGUUAUGAUGUUAUGAAAUGUAAAAACAAAUAUAAUGUUUUUGGAGUGUGAGUUUUUGACCUAAUCUGGGUGAGAAGAAUUAUUAUUUCAAAUUAUUUAUUUAUUUAUUGAGAAAAUUCAGCUAUUUAUUUUCAUUUUUUUAAUUUUACAUUUUAUCUGUAUAUUUUUAGCUGAACACAAAAAAUACAAAUUCAGGUGAUAUUAAUGUUUUUUUUAUUAUUAUUAAUUUUAAAAUUAAAACACUUUAAUUUUCUUGAAAUCAUACUUUUAAACUCAAACGGCCAUUUAGAGAUGUAGACAUUAGCGAUGACAGCUUUUAUUGUUAGCGUAGGUCCGAUUCUCCGGUGACUUCCACCGAAACAAGGCGAUAACGCUUAUCCAGUUUACAUUUUCUGCUUUUUCUAAUGAUUUAGCUAGAAGAAGAACACCGACACGCUUUGACUUCAUUCUUGCCUUUGUAAACUUUGUCAUCGAUGUAGCCGAAACGGACUUCAUUUGGUGUUUGUCUCUCUCGGUUUAAGGGUUAAAGAUGUCUUGAUAACCCUAGUUCUAGCUGCUACGCGUCCAUGUGCAAACUCUUCCUGGGAAAACUGAAUGGCCUUUGCUUCCUCUCCGUGCCUCCUUCCUCUAAAACUCUCGCCGUCGGCUUCUCGUAGGUUGUAGUGAUCCAUCGUGCAGCAGAACCGAGCGCGUGUCCGAUUUCUUUUGGAAUGCUCUACUGCUCCAGUAAGUGGAAAUAUGUCAGUUUCAUCACAUUCCACUGGAAGAUCGUACAUGAAAUUGUGCAAUAUGACAGGACGUGAUACUGUGGAAGCUUUUUCCACCACUGAACAAAACAAAAAAAAUUCUGACUUUUUUUGCAAUUGUGAGGUACAAAAUCAGAAUUGUGAGGAAAAAGUCUAAAUUGCGAGUUUAUAUCUUGCAAUUAUGAUUUUAUUUGUUGCAAUUAAGAGUUUAUAUACCGCAAUUCUGACUUUAUAACUUGCAACUUCAAGAAAUAAAUUCAAAAUUGAGAGAUAUAAACUCACAAUUUAGAAUUUUUUUUUUCAAAAUUGCAAGUUUUUCUCGCAAUUCUAAGUUUUUCUUAUAAUUGUUAAUUUGUAUCUUGUAAUUCUGACUUUAUAAGUUGCAGUUGUGAGUUUAUAUCACAAUUAUGAGAGAAAAAGUCAGAAUUGCACGUUUGUAUCUCAAAAUUCUGAUUUUAUUUCUUAUUAAUGCAAAUUUAUCUCGUAAUUCUAACUUUUCCUCGUAGUUGCGAGUUUCUCUCAUAAUUCUGACUUUUUUAUCGUAAUUGCGAGUUAAAUCAUGCAAUUGAGAAAAAGUAAAAAAUUCUGAGUUUAUAUCUCACAAUUCUGGCUUUUUCUCACAAUUGCAAGUAUACAUCUUGCUAUUCAGAUUUUUUUCUCAUGCAAUUCUGACAAUUUAGCGUAAUUGUGAGUUUAUGUCUCGCAAUUCUGACUUUCUUUAUUGUAAUUGCAAGUUUAUAUCCCACAAUUCUGACUUUGUAACUCACAAUUCACAACUGAAGUCAGAAUUGUGAGAUAAAAAAUCGCAAUUAACUUUUUUUAUUCAGUGGUGGAAACAGGCUUCCAUAUGAUAUGGCCGCAUCGUAGAAAAUAAUAAAAGCCAUUCAGUCUGGUCUGAUCUUGAUGACGUACAGCCCCUGCUGCUGCUGUCUACAUGCACUGAAGUACACUAAACACCAGAAAUAUACUCCACACAAGUACACUAGUCUGCUGCGUCAACGCUGAGACAUUUCAGAUGGUGUCUACAUUCACGUACUUGCGUAUAGAUAUGUUUCUGGCCUAAUUUAAAGAUAUUUUAUUGUGUGUAUGUCGGGAAAGUAAAGAUAAACUUGUUUUGAUUUUAUCAUGGGUGACAAAAUUUGCUGUACACGUCUAAAUGUUGUAAAGUGUUGCCUGUUGAGUUGAAACAUUAUUUUUCAUUGUCAGAAGCGUAUGCAAAUGUCUCCUCAUGUGUAUAGAUAUAUUAAAUGAACAUAAUUUUCUGUCUGUAGGUGUUUAUUUUAGCUGGUUGUGUGAUUUUGGGGUGUUAUUUGAGCUAACAGGAGGAUUCAGUGUCAUACAGGUAUUUUUUCUGCAGAUUUUUUACAAGUUUGAACAAAUUGAGUUCAUGGGAGGAAUAUAUUUAAAAUUAGGAAAUGCAUCUCCUGUCCUGUUUAUUUGAACUGUUUUGUUUUUAUAUUAAUUUCAGAACAAAUUCAAGUGGCCUAUCUGAAAAAUACAAAUGAAGCGUGAUAUCGUGUGGUUAAAUACACCCAUGCAUGUGCAUAUUGAGAGUUUGUGUUGCAGUGAUUUUGUCCGUUGUGCUUUCGCCAUGAGUUUAUUUCCUGAUUUGAAAGAUGAAUGUAUAAUUAUUGUGAGUGUGUGAUGUUGUUCUGAAAUGGGUUUUGAUUGGUUGUGGAUCAUCUGGCAUGCCAACGACACGUCUGCCGUCAAAUUCAUUUUGUCAAAGUGUCUGUGACGUCACUGGCCAAAUAUCUCUGAUAUAUCGGAUUUUAUUUUGAAAAGAGAAAAAAGUGCCAUGUACAGUGUGAACGGAAACUGAGGUGGAUUCGGUUUGGAUCCAGAUGUACUGCUAUUAAAGAGUAUCAUGAUAAGACUCUAAAAA